AAACAUUGUUAACCUUCCUUUUAGAUCCAUCAUGUUACACAAAAUGGAGGACUAUAUAAAAGACCAUUUAACGAAGCUUUUGAAGAAACGCCGAUGCUGGUUGCUGUGCUGACUUAUGUGGGGUAUGGUGUGCUCACUCUCUUUGGAUAUCUUCGAGAUUUCUUGAGGCACUGGAGAAUUGAAAAGUGUCACCAUGCAACAGAAAGAGAAGAACAACAGGACUUUGUGUCAUUGUAUCAGGAUUUCGAGAACUUCUAUACAAGGAACCUCUACAUGAGGAUUAGAGACAACUGGAAUCGACCCAUCUGCAGUGUGCCUGGAGCCAGGGUGGACAUCAUGGAGAGACAGUCUCAUGAUUACAACUGGUCUUUCAAGUACACAGGGAACAUAAUUAAAGGUGUUAUAAACAUGGGUUCCUACAACUAUCUUGGAUUUGCACGGAAUACUGGAUCAUGUCAGGAGGCAGCUGCCAAAGUCCUGGAGGAGUACGGAGUUGGAGUGUGCAGCACCCGGCAGGAGAUUGGAAACCUGGACAAACAUGAAGAACUAGAGAAACUUGUGGCAAGUUUCUUGGGAGUAGAAGCUGCUAUGACAUAUGGCAUGGGAUUUGCAACAAAUUCAAUGAACAUUCCUGCUCUUGUCAGCAAAGGUUGCCUGAUUCUGAGUGAUGAACUGAACCAUGCAUCACUGGUCCUAGGAGCCAGACUGUCAGGAGCAACCAUUCGAAUCUUCAAACACAACAAUAUGCAGAGCCUAGAGAAGCUGCUGAAAGAUGCCAUUGUUUACGGUCAGCCUCGGACACGAAGGCCCUGGAAGAAAAUUCUCAUCCUUGUGGAGGGAAUAUAUAGCAUGGAGGGAUCUAUUGUUCGCCUUCCUGAAGUGAUUGCCCUUAAGAAGAAGUACAAGGCAUACUUGUAUCUAGAUGAAGCCCACAGCAUUGGGGCCCUGGGCCCCAUGGGCCGAGGUGUGGUGGAUUACUUUGGCCUGGAUCCUGAGGAUGUGGACAUUAUGAUGGGAACAUUCACAAAGAGCUUUGGUGCUUCUGGAGGAUACAUUGGAGGCAAGAAGGAGCUGAUCGACUAUCUGCGGACACAUUCUCACAGUGCAGUGUAUGCCACGUCACUGUCACCCCCUGUCGUGGAGCAGAUCAUCACCUCCAUGAAGUGCAUCAUGGGGCAGGAUGGCACCACCCUUGGCAAAGAGUGUAUACAGCAGUUAGCUGAAAACACCAGGUAUUUCAGAAGACGCCUGAAGGAGAUGGGCUUCAUCAUUUAUGGAAAUGAAGAUUCCCCAGUGGUGCCUCUGAUGCUCUACAUGCCAGCCAAAAUUGGCGCCUUUGGACGGGAGAUGCUGAAGCGGAAUGUUGGUGUAGUUGUGGUAGGAUUUCCUGCUACUCCAAUCAUUGAAUCCAGAGCCAGAUUUUGCCUGUCAGCAGCUCAUACCAAAGAAAUACUUGAUACUGCUUUAAAGGAGAUUGAUGAAGUUGGGGACCUAUUGCAGCUGAAGUAUUCCCGUCACCGGUUGGUGCCUCUACUGGACAGGCCCUUUGACGAGACUACAUAUGAAGAAACAGAAGACUGAGCCUUUUUGGUGCUCUGCUAGAGGAACUCGCCCUCACCCAGGACGUGGGUGGCCUUUCUGAGCCAGUUCCCUGUGGCCAUCUCUUGUGCAAGACAUUUUCUCAACUACUGAUGGUGGCCACCUCCAGUCUAAAUGGCAUUUUGUAAAUAGUAAAAAAACUGCUUCACGUCCUUCCUUUGCUACAUUUCACCUUUUUUUAAAAAAAAAAAAAAAGGUGAACUCACUUUGCUUUUUUUGUCCAUUAAAAAAUGUUUUAUUUUAUAACUAUUCUACUUGUGAAAUCACGCUGACCCAAGCCCGUCUCUGGCUAACCACGCAGACCAUUCACCUCUCCCAGCCACCUGGCAGAUGUGGGCCCAUCGAAAGCUCCUGCUGGCCCUGGCAUUGUAGCCUCUGACUCACCUGACCCUCCUUUCUGGGGAGCAAGUGACUUCCACUUACUUCCAGUCCAGGUCUCAGAGGCUGCCAACUUUGGAAUCCUUAAUUAACCAGUCAUGUGAUCAACCAGUGUUUUCAUGUGUCUUAAGUUUAGCCAUUUAAGAAAAACAGUAAAAACUAACAUUGCUGGAACCCUCCCUCAUUGUCUAACCUUCCCUGGCCAGGAGCCUCCCAGGCUUGGUCUUAUUCCAUUUCGUUCUGGUCACUAGAUGGUUUCUUCUUUCACCAUCAAAUAUUCUUCAUAAUGGUCACAUCUGAGCAUAUGUCCAAUUUCUGGGUUCUUCCCAAGCCAUAAUGUAACACUCCUACCCUCUAUUUAAAGCACUUAAAUUGUUUUAAAAGCGCCCGCAUCCCACCCUGGUCAGACCUCUGGUGAAGCUGACUCACACUUCACUGUUCUGUGUAUAAAGCUGCUUGACAGAGUGACAUGCACUCCUGCUGGGGUGAGAGGGCAGGGGCGCUGUGCAAAGAAUUGAUUGUUCCCUGCAGAAUGUCUGUGGUCUGGUUCUUACUGCUUUCUACUUUUCAAACUUAUGACAGCCUCUGCCUGGAUCUGGGUCCAGAUUAGGAUUUAAACUGAUAAAGGAAAAUGUUGGUAAAGCUCUGCUCAGAAAUCAUUUGUCAUGUUCCUAAUUUAAGGAUUAACGUCUAUCAACUUACCCUUUUUAGAAGAUGACCCAUUUAAAUUUCACUCUGAGGCCAGUUCUCCCUUAUUCUUGAUGUCCUAAUGCAGUUCUAACCUGGCAUCUGGGGCCUACGGGGCUCCAUCUCCUGCUACCCUGCCCACCAUCCCUCGAGAAAUUCUGAACAUUUACUUCUUUGCUAACCUUCUGUUUUGACUCUGUUUUCAUACCAGGUAAGGGGACUUCUUUCAGAGAGCUUUAUACUGCUUGACCAAAGAACAAAUCUGGAAAUCACCAUAUUGAAGUUCUUAUUUUUUUCUGUUGACCAAUGCUUAAGUGAAGAGAA